UUUUUCAAUCUUGCUUCAGUUCUGUCACAAGUUGAAAAGCCCAAAACCAUCGCAAAGAUGUCGACAGAAGUUUAUGACGGUGCCAUUGGCAUCGACUUGGGUACCACCUACUCUUGCGUUGCCACCUACGAGGGCAGCAAUGUCGAGAUCAUUGCCAACGAGCAGGGUAGCUUCACCACUCCCUCGUUCGUCUCUUUCACCGAGAAUGAGCGUCUCAUCGGUGAGGCGGCCAAGAACCAGGCUGCCAUGAACCCGGCCAACACCGUCUUCGAUGUCAAGCGUCUGAUCGGUCGCCGCUUCGAUGACCCCACCGUCAAGAAGGACAUGGAGUCGUGGCCCUUCAAGGUCGUUGAGGAGGAUGGCAACCCCAAGGUUGAGGUUGAGUACCUCGGCUCUACCCACAAGUUCUCUCCUCAGGAGAUCUCGGCCAUGGUUCUGGUCAAGAUGAAGGAGAUUGCCGAGGCCAAGAUCGGCAAGAAGGUUGAGAAGGCCGUUAUCACUGUCCCGGCCUACUUCAACGACAACCAGCGUCAGUCCACCAAGGACGCCGGUGCCAUCUCUGGCCUUAACGUCCUCCGUAUCAUCAACGAGCCCACGGCCGCUGCCAUUGCCUACGGUCUCGGCUCCGGCAAGUCUGAGAAGGAACGCAACGUCCUGAUCUACGAUCUCGGCGGUGGUACCUUCGAUGUCUCUCUCCUGAACAUCCAGGGCGGUGUCUUCACCGUCAAGGCUACUGCUGGUGACACCCACUUGGGUGGCCAGGACUUCGACACCAACCUGUUGGACCACUGCAAGAAGGACUUCCAGAGGAAGACCAAGAAGGACCUGUCUGGUGACGCCCGUGCUCUCCGUCGUCUCCGUACCGCUUGCGAGCGUGCCAAGAGGACUCUGUCCAACGGCACCCAGACCACUCUCGAGAUCGAUUCGCUGUUCGACGGCGAGGACUUCAGCCUGCAGAUCACCAGGGCCAAGUUUGAGGAGCUCAACCAGGCUGCUUUCAAGGGUACCCUUGAGCCCGUUACCCAGGUCCUCAAGGACGCUGGUGUCGACAAGGCCGCUGUCGACGAGAUCGUCCUGGUCGGAGGAUCUACCCGUAUUCCCAAGAUCCAGAAGCUUCUGUCCGACUACUUCGGAGGCAAGAAGCUCGAGAAGAGCAUCAACCCCGAUGAGGCCGUUGCCUACGGUGCUGCCGUCCAGGCCGGCAUCCUGUCCGGCAAGGCUACCUCGGCCGAGACUGCCGACCUCCUGCUUCUGGACGUCGUUCCCCUGUCGCUUGGUGUUGCUAUGGAGGGCAACAUCUUCGCUCCUGUUGUUCCCCGCGGAACGACUGUCCCGACUCUCAAGAAGCGUUCAUUCACAACUGUUGCCGACCAGCAACAAACAGUGCAGUUCCCUGUCUACCAAGGCGAGCGGACCAACUGCAGCGAGAACGUCUCGCUUGGAGAGUUCACUCUGGCUCCCAUCCCGCCCAUGCGCGCUGGCGAGCCUGUCCUUGAGGUUGUCUUCGAGGUUGACGUGAACGGUAUCCUCAAGGUCACUGCGACUGAGAAGACCUCAGGCCGCAGUGCCAACAUCACCAUCGCCAACUCUGUUGGCAAGCUUUCGACAAGCGAGAUUGAGAACAUGAUCAGCGAGGCCGAGAAGUACAAGAGCAACGACGAGGAGUUCACCAAGAAGCACGAGGCAAAGCAGCAGCUCGAGUCGUAUAUUGCCAGGGUUGAGGACAUCAUUUCGGACCCCACAAUGUCGCUCAAGCUCAAGCGCGGACAGAAGGAGAAGAUUGAGAACUCGCUUAGCGAGGCCAUGGCACAGCUCGAGCUUGGUGAGAGCACAGCUGACGACCUGAAGAAGAAGGAGCUCGCCCUCAAGCGUGCCGUCACCAAGGCCAUGUCUUCCCGCUAA